CGCGGCCGGAUUCAUUCCUGUGGGGCGCGGGGUAUGGAGAAGCUGUGCGGCCGCAGGCGGAGCUGGGCGGUGCGGACGGCGGCGCGGAUAGCGGUCUCAUUUUGAGGGGGCAGCCCGAGCCCGAGCGGCCGGCGGCGGCGGGGAGGACUAGCCCCGUGGCAGUUUGGCGCUCUGGUUGUCAUAUGUUGGACGGCAAUAGACAGAACAUACAUCCGUUCUGGGGCGCCGUGAUUAACACUGAACUUUGGUUCCUGUAACCCUUGCCUGUGUCAAUAGAGUUAAGCUGGAGCUUUGCUUUGAAAGAUAAAGCACAGCCUCUCAACUGGACAUAAAUGGAUCUAAAGACAGCAGUAUUUAAUGCAGCUCGAGAUGGCAAACUCCGGCUUCUCACCAAAUUGUUGGCAAGCAAAUCUAAAGAGGAGGUUUCCUCCUUGAUCUCUGAAAAAACAAAUGGGGCCACCCCACUCUUGAUGGCCGCCAGGUAUGGGCACCUUGACAUGGUGGAAUUUCUCCUAGAGCAGUGCAGUGCCUCCAUAGAAGUCGGGGGCUCGGUCAAUUUUGAUGGCGAAACCAUUGAGGGGGCUCCCCCUUUGUGGGCCGCUUCUGCAGCAGGACAUCUGAAGGUGGUUCAGUCUUUGUUAAAUCAUGGAGCGUCUGUCAACAACACGACUUUAACCAAUUCAACUCCUCUUCGAGCUGCCUGUUUCGAUGGCCAUUUGGAAAUAGUCAAGUACCUGGUAGAACACAAAGCUGAUUUGGAAGUGUCAAACCGACAUGGGCAUACAUGCUUGAUGAUCUCAUGUUACAAAGGACACAAAGAGAUUGCUCAGUAUUUACUUGAAAAGGGGGCAGAUGUUAAUAGAAAAAGUGUUAAAGGUAAUACUGCAUUGCAUGAUUGCGCAGAAUCUGGAAGUUUGGACAUCAUGAAGAUGCUUCUUAUGUAUUGUGCCAAGAUGGAAAAGGAUGGUUAUGGAAUGACUCCCCUUCUCUCAGCAAGUGUGACUGGUCACACAAAUAUUGUGGAUUUCCUGACUCACCAUGCACAGACCAGCAAGACAGAAAGGAUCAAUGCUCUAGAGCUUCUGGGAGCUACAUUUGUAGACAAAAAAAGAGAUCUCCUUGGGGCUUUGAAAUACUGGAAAAAGGCAAUGAACAUGAGGUACAGUGAUAGGACUAAUAUAAUUAGCAAACCAGUACCGCAGACACUAAUAAUGGCUUAUGAUUAUGCCAAGGAGGUAAACAGUGCAGAAGAGCUAGAAGGUCUUAUUGCUGAUCCUGAUGAGAUGAGAAUGCAGGCACUAUUAAUUAGAGAACGUAUUCUCGGUCCUUCUCAUCCUGACACCUCUUACUAUAUUAGAUAUAGAGGUGCUGUCUAUGCAGACUCUGGAAAUUUCAAACGAUGCAUCAACCUAUGGAAGUAUGCUUUGGAUAUGCAGCAGAACAAUUUGGACCCUCUAAGCCCGAUGACCGCCAGCAGCUUAUUAUCUUUUGCAGAACUGUUCUCUUUUAUGCUACAGUAUAGGGCUAAAGGUCUGGGAACCACUGUUACAUUUGAUGAUCUUAUGGGCAUACUGUGCAAAAGUGUCCUUGAAAUAGAGCGAGCGAUCAAACAAACUCAGUGUCCAGCAGACCCAUUACAGUUAAAUAAGGCUCUUUCCAUUAUUUUGCACUUGAUUUGCAUAUUAGAAAAAGUUCCUUGUACUCUAGAACAGGAUCAUUUCAAAAAGCAAACUAUAUACAGGUUUCUUAAGCUGCAUCCAAGGGGAAAGAAUAACUUCAGCCCUCUUCAUCUGGCUGUGGACAAGAAUACUACCUGUGUAGGGCAGUACCCUGUUUGUAAAUUUCCAUCUCUGCAAGUUACUGCGAUACUGAUAGAAUGUGGUGCUGAUGUGAACGUCAGAGACUCGGAUGACAACAGUCCCCUCCAUAUCGCUGCUCUGAACAACCAUCCAGACAUCAUGAAUCUCCUUAUUAAAUCAGGUGCACAUUUUGAUGCCACAAACUUGCACAAACAAACUGCUAGUGACUUGCUGGACGAGAAGGAAAUGGCUAAAAAUUUGAUCCAGCCUAUAAAUCAUACCACAUUGCAGUGUCUAGCUGCUCGUGUCAUAGUGAAUCAUAGAAUAUACUAUAAAGGGCAUAUCCCAGAAAAGCUAGAGACCUUCGUUUCACUUCAUAGAUGAUAAUUUGACUGUUGAAGCACGACUUGGUAACAGUUGUUUCAUAAAUGAGCACUGUUGUGGUAACACCAGCAUUCAUUUAGCUUGAUUUCAUCGUGCUCUCAUUGGCUAAAGCAUUGUAAGCAUCAAAUUUACAGGAUUGGUUUCCCAGUAUUUAAUAUAAAUAUACCAUAUAAUAUGUUGUUUGUGAAUUAUUGAGAAAUGUAAUCUCAUAUUCAGAUUUCUAAAAUUGUCUGCCAAAGGCUUAUCCAUUCUGGUUUUGUUUGCUGUUGGGUGCUUGGGAUAGAGUUAACCAUUUUUCAGUGGUGUCUUUAUACUUUUCUGGUUUGUGAAUUUUAUACAAUUGAAUGUCUUUUUUGUGCUUCUUCCUUCUCUUUGAGCUUCUCCCCUGUUUCCACCUCAUUUUUAACUUAACCAUUUCUACUUAUCAAUUUCUUUCCCCUUAUGGAUCCAUGUUAGGUUGUACAAACUUUAUGGACUUGUUACCAUUUGCAGUUACCAUAAGUGCUUUAUCUUCUCUAUGCACUGGCUUCAACUUGACUGUUGUAUGUUAGCAUAUUUUCUAUGCAGUUGGUCACCUUCAACUCUGAAACACUGCUAAGUAUGUUACAAAGUUCAUUUUACGAAAGUACUCUUGUAGCAUGACAAUUUUUAGAGCUACAGGUUAGCUACCACAGCUCAAGCUUUUUUGUUGUUUUUUUCUUUACAUCUGAGGUUUCUUCCUCUAAUCCACUGAAAUUAUUGUGUGCUAAAUUUGGGAAACAAAGCUAUUCUAACUCAUUAACCCAGUUGAAAUUUAGGUCUGUCGUCUUAAUAUAUCAUGCAGUAAAAGGAAGAAUCUUUGUAAAGUGACCCACCUUUCAUGCUGCGCCAGCAUUGUCCUGCUUGUGCUGAUGAUGUGAUUAGGUGUAGAGAAUUUGCUUAAAUUUAACCUCAAAGUUUUAUCACACAGCUUAAUGAGUCACACUGAAGUAUUCAGUAAUUGAACUGCAAAUCACUUUUAUUUACAAAAAAGAGCUGAAGCAUGUCAGUGGCAUGAUGCUUGCCAAGCCAGAUCUAGGCAUCUAGGAUAAUUAAGGUAUUUUUAGUAUGCAAUUUACUGCCAUAGUAUCAGAGGUCAGUAACAGUGUUCCUUCUUUCUUCAAGCUUAAGUACACCUUUGAAGAUAACUUGCAUGAAUUACUUUGGUCUCAACUAUUUGUCACCCUAAUUAAACACAAAAGGUUGCAGUGCUUCCUCUUCCCUUACUGAAAAUUAGCUUUUCUUUUCUCUUUCUUUUUCUUUCUCUCUUCCUUUCUUUUCUUUCUUUCCUCUCUCCCUCCCUUCUUUGUUUUCUUUUUUUUUUUUUGGAUUUUUUUUUUUUCACAGCUUUGCUAAUGCCACAGAAAGGGCUCUUUUAACUUAAGAAAAAAUAAGUGAAAAGUACUAAAAAAGAUUCAGGUAAUUAUCAUUCAGCACUUUAUUGUUAUUCAGAAUAAAAUUUAUGAUGGCAUAUUUGCCCUGCAAAUGUCUUAAUGCAAUUGUUCUCAAUAAAAAGCUCCUUAUUGGUUUGAGGAAAAACUCA